UUGUAUAACUGUAUUCUUUACAAUUGAAAUAAAGGAGGUUAAACGUUACACAAAAUGCGCCUGAAACCACGGAUAAAAGUUUGCCAAGCGAUACUGGGACAAGGUCGAUCCUUCGGAACGAGUCCUGCCGCGAGUCAGUCGUUCAGGAAGUGGUACCAGCAACUGUGGACCACGGAGCGCACCAACUUGCCGCCAUACAACCAUUUCACCCAGAUCGGAGACCCUGUUCUGAGGCAGCAGGCGGCUUUGGUGCCCAAGGAGCACCUGGAUAGCCCCGAGCUCAAGGCCAUCGUCGAGCGGAUGGUCAAGGUGCUGAGGAAGUUCGACUGCGUGGGCAUUGCGGCGCCACAGAUUGGCGUAUCCCUCAGAAUCAUAGCCAUGGAGUUCAAGGGACGGGUGCGAAAGGAGCUGCCUGAGGCAGUUUACCAGGCGCGGCAAAUGUCCGAGCUGCCACUGACUGUUUUCAUCAAUCCCGUCCUGACAGUGACCAACUACACCAAGCUGAAGCAUCCAGAAGGCUGCAUGAGUGUGCGAGGAUACUCUGCCGAAGUUGAGCGUUUCGAAGGUGUGAAGCUAACAGGCCUUGACCAAGAAGGAAACCAAAGCGAACUGGCUCUGAGUGGUUGGAAUGCCAGGAUAGCACAGCACGAAAUGGAUCACUUGGAGGGCAAGCUGUACACCGAUCACAUGGACCGCUCCACCUUUGCGUGCACCUGCUGGGAGGCGGUUAACACGAAAUCCGGACGCGUGGAGAUACCCUUCUACAAGUAGUUAAGUCGCUCGGGGAUCGUUUCACUAUUCCAAUGGUGUGGUGGGUGCACAAACCCGUAGAUUGUGGAUAGCCGCCCCAAGGGCCGCCUUGGCCUUGAAGUACUCCGGACUGUCCCACAGAUCGCUCUUGUCCAUCAUGUAGGCCAACAGUUCUUGGUACUCCCGCA